AUGUUUGAAGUGUCACCAUGCACUUUGUACAACAUAAGCGUCGUGCCAAUCACACGAGAUCAUCAAUUAUUGAAAUCAAUUCAUACACAAAUUAUUACAAAAGAAUUUCAUCCAAAACCAGUAAAAAGAUUAGCUGUGACUGAAGUUGGAAGUUCAUACUUAAAAUUUUAUGUGGAAAUAUUUAAAGUUGAUAACAUUUGUGGUACAAAUGUAAUUGAGAUUAAAUGCAACAAUUUGACAACAAAUGUUAAUGCUGAUAACUUCAAGUCAACAUUUUAUGCUGUCGUUCUCGAAGGAUUGCAACCUCACACAGAAUAUCGCUGUUCGUCAAAGGUGAAAAAUAAUAUUGGAGAGUCAAAGUCAACAAACACUGUCGUCUACAGAACAGCUUAUAGUGCACCACAAACACCAUUCAAUAUCAGAUCAACUGUGAACGAUGAGAAAAAAUCAGUUGACUUAGAGUGGGAUGUCGACAAUUCAACAAGCACCCCAAACUUUUAUAGAAUUAUAAUUAACUUCGAGGAGACGUUAAACGAAAAAGUUGAAAACUGUUUAAAUAAUUUUCGAAAGGGAUUCAUGAUCCAGUCAAGCAGAACUUUUACUGAAGUCUCAGGAUUGGAAUCUUAUUCCAAAUAUCAUGUCAAAAUUGCUGCCAUUAAUAAUUUCGGAACAAGUGAAUUUAGUGACAAAUAUUUCUUCGAAACUGGUGUGACAGUUCCAUCGGCGCCGACGAAUGUUUCAUUUGGAUUCUUAGAUAAUAAUGUUGAUGACUCAACAGUCACUGCUGUCUUAAGAUGGGAUCCGCCAUGCAAAUUGAAUGGACCGUUUUCACACUAUUUAAUAACAAUCAUGGGGAUAAAAUCAGGAAAAAUUGUUUACUCAAAAACUGUCUCAAGUUCAGUUCCAAAUGUGACAUUCGAUGAUCUUAAAAUUGAUGCAGUCUAUGAAGUCAACGUGCGAGCGGCUAAUAGUAAAUUUACAAGCAAAGCUCGAUACUUUACUUUUGUCCACAGUACAUCAACUGGAAAGUUAUUCAAAUUUAAAUACGGUGGAGGUCCCAAAGGUCUCUUCCUCGACUUUAAUUUCGGAUCUGGAAAUGUUUUCUCCGUUGGAAAUUGUAAAUUUGUUUUGAAAGAAACCAAAACAGCUGAGCAUAAAGCUAGAAAUCAUAAAAGACAAAAUUCGAAGCAAAAUCUUGGUGGACUUGCACCAUGCACCAAAUAUGACGUUAUGCUAAAAAUUCUAAAUUCAGCAACAAACAAGGAAUUUGCUUAUCAGAAUAUUGUUUACACAAAAAUGCUUUCGAAUGUUGCCAAACUUGUCGUUGCUGUUGACGAAGCGAAUAAUGAAUCUACGAUCUUAUCGUGGAAGAUCCAAAGUUCCAAAACAAAUUGUAUUACAAGCUAUGACGUUGUCAUCAAAAAUAGUAAAGCAGAAAUUGUUUAUGAUAAAUCAAAUGUUGAGGAUUCAUCGGUGGUUGUCAAGAAUUUAUCUCCAUGUGAACUUUACACCGCUCGAGUUGUUGCACAUAGCGGGAGAGGUGAAAAAAUCACAUCGAAUGAUAAAAGUUUUACCAUCAAAUCAAGCGUUAGAUCUGUUGAAAAUCUUGAACUGAUCGUUGAUGAAGUAACAUCAGAAACUGUUGCAUUGUCAUGGAAAACCGAUUCUGAAGAUUGUCUUCAGGAAUUUCAUGUGAAGCUUCGUGAUAACAGAGACAAAAUUAUUUACGACAAAAAAGUUUAUUCCAACUCUGUUGUUAUCACAAACUUGACCUCAUGUAGGAAUUAUUCGGUUGAAUUAAUCGCACUUGACAGCGACAAAUCAGCUCUAAAAGCUGUUAUAAAGUCUUUCUUUACUCCUUCGACUCCGAUUGAAAAUGUGUCGAUUAAUGUGAGUAGGACUCGCGCUGAUGUGUCUUGGGUUCCAUCAGAGAACCUCGAUUGCAUCACAAACUAUCAAGUUGGCUAUGAAAUUGUAAAUUGCGAGCAUAAACCUGGCGAUAACGUUUCCUGUUCCACCUUACGAACCAUUGAAAAAUCAAAGACAUCAGUCAGGUUCUCUCAACUUCCACUUGCGGAACGUUUCACAUUAACGAUUUAUGCUAAUGAAGUCACGUCGAAUGGCGACGCGAGUCGAGCGAAAAUUUGGAAGUUCAACACGUUCGAUUAUGAGAAGUUUGUGGUGCAAAAUAUCAACGAGUUUCGUGAUAAAAGAACGGAGUUACAGCUAAGUUGGGGACUUGACAUUUAUUUUAAGAAACUUCUGAAACAUUUUGAAGUUGAAUUCAAUGGAGAAGUUUUGAUAACCGAUAAGCAGUCGAUCAUAAUCAAUAUAGAAGCUUGUAAUAAGAAUUAUACUAUCUCUGUACGUUGUGUUUCGAAAGAUGAUUAUAAAGGCGCUGCUGUUAUCUAUAACACUAACCUCAAUGACGAUGAUGUUCCGCUAUCUUCCCUCGAUUCUAAUAUCAAUUAUAAACAAGUUGAGUCAUCCGUCAUGUUGACUUGGAAUCCAAAGAAGGAAGAAAUUAAUUGCAUUGGUUUUUAUGAAGUCGAGUUUAAUGAUCAAAUUGUCAAAACGAAAGAAACCGAAUUGGAAAUAACUGAUUUAGCGCCUUGUACAAGUUAUGAGAUUAGCAUAACGCCAAUUUCACUUCAUGAUAUUCGUGGCAGAACUUCGAUCUUUGAGUUGACAACACAAGAAUUCCCUCCACAACCACCAAGCGAGUUGCAACUUGUUAAAGCUGGCAUCAACGAUUUGAUGAUUUUAACGAAAAUUUCGGAAGAUGACAAGCAAUGCAAAUCAACUGUCAUUGAGAUCAUGUGCAAUAACUUAACGGUGUCACUCAAAAUCGAUGUAUUCGAAGAGAAAUAUGUUGGUCAGCUUACAAAAUUGAAUCCUUUCUCGAAUUAUCAUUGUUCAGCUCGUGUGAUAAACAAUGUCGGCAAAUCAAAAUCAACUGACAGUAAAGUUUUUAAAACAACACAAGAUGCACCACAACCACCAUUUAACAUCAGAUCAACAAGUAACGACGAUGGAAUAAUUAAUUUGCGAUGGGAUGUCAACAAUUCAACGGGAUUUGCUGAAGAAUUUCUUAUUGAAAUUGUUCAUGAAAAGACAGUAAACAAGGAAAUUAAGAUUUGUCAUUCAAAUUUUACGCGCAGAAUUUUAUUGAAUUCAACUGAGAAUUUUGUAGGAGUUCCACCAUUAGAACCAUUUUCAAUAUUUCAAGUUCAAGUGAAAGCAGUUAAUAGUGAAGGUUCGAGUGAUUUCAGUGAGAAGCAUAAGUUCCAAACGAAUGUAGCAAUUCCAACACCACCAAGAAAUAUUUCAGUGAAAUUUGUUACAAAUAAUGCUGACGACUCAACAGUGACUGGAAUCAUUAGUUGGGAUCCACCAUGCAAGCUCAACGGGCCUUUUUCACUUUACUUAAUUUCUCUCGCUGCAUCAGGAAAAAUUAUUAAUUCGAAAACGAAAGCAAGUUCAUUCACAAAUGUCACUUUCGAUGAUCUCAAGCGUGGUGCUGUUUAUGAAGUUAAAGUUCAAGUCGCAAACAGUAAAUUCACGAGUGAAUCAGAAAUUAUGACUUUCGACACACCAUCAGGAAUUCCACUCAAAAGUGACUUGAAAGCUUGGUCGACUCUGGGAAAUACUCUUCAUAUUUUUGAAAGUGGAAAAUUUGACAUUUUCAUCAGACGUGGUGUGCUUCACUCAGAUGUUGGAGACAUCAUUGGAAUUGCUUUUAUGAUCUUUCGUUCGGAUUGUGAUGAACAGCCAACAAUAAGUAGUGGAUAUCUGCAGUCGUUAGACACUAAAUUCCCAUCAGCUCAUGAAGCAGGAAAUAAUUUAGAAUGUUCUGUGCUAUAUCAACAGACUGAAAUUCUGCCAAAUCCCCUUGACGAAUUGAAAUCUUCUGAUAAUCUUUGGAAUGAAUUCAAUAUAAAGUUUACAAUUGGAGAUGAGAUCUGUUCGAAUUCAGAAACCGAAAAGAGAUACUGCAAUGGUCAGCUUCCAGUUGAUUAUACUUAUGGAAUUAUUGCUCGGGUGUUUACGAAAGAUGCAUUUAGAGACACUGAACCUGCUUUUAUUGCAAUCAGACCGAAUCUUUUAGCAAAGUUUCCGUCACAUGGAAUUGUUUAUGGUUCAGUAGGUGCUCUUAUUCUCAUUUCAUUUAUAACUCUUCUCUGUUGUCUUUGGAGCAAUGGAAAAAAGAAGAAACGUAUAAAAAUGAAGCAAGCUGCGGAAGCAGAUGAAAAUUUACUGUCAUUUACUUCAUAUUGUGUGUUUGAUAAGAAUCCACUGCCAAGAAAGAAAUUUACUGAUUAAACAUCAAAAACAUUUUUAUUCCUAGAAUGUACUUAACAAAGUUUCUUUUUUAUUUUCUUUUAAAUAAAAUGCUAGAAGAUCUUCAACUUCUUUUCUUUUUUA